CCUUGGCUUCGACUCAGCCCCCCAAUGUUCGAACCCUGAUUUUCAGGGCUUAUCGACGCCCUCUCCACCGCUGACACACCUUUUACAUCGAUCUGACUAUCGGAUGAAUUGGCUACUUGGUCCUUUCUGAAGCUCUCUCAACUCUCUGGGGGUACAGAGUACUUCCUGGGUCAAUCAUUCCGUUCCCACCUUCCGUGUUGAUCCCAUUCAAGGAGCUUUCCCCCCAAAUCUGAUCCCCGUUCUCCUUCCAUCGUAAUCCUCCGCCCAAAAUGCCUGCGGACUACGAGUCCACGGCACGGGCAUUGGCGCUGUCGACUUCGCCACCAGAGCCGCUCGCAGAUUCUCACGACGAUGAGGAGCAACCCAUAUGGAGUCGGUCGGGGCGGCGCGACUCGUCGGCGCGCUGGUCGGGCGAACAGGCAACCAGUUUCCGCGACCGGAUGAUCGAGAAAGCCAAGAAGCUGUAUCGGAUGGCAAACGAUCGGUAUGAGCAGUUGUCAUUAUGGCAGAAGAUUGGAUUCUAUGCUGCAUCAUUUGGGCUUGCAGCUUUGGGCAUUGGCCUCAUGGUCUUGACGGGCAAGCUGUUCAUUUGGUUAGGGCCCGUUGCGGAGAAGUGGGAGAAGUCUUGGCUGGUCGCGUUUAUACUAUGGAUAUGCAUCUUUUUCAUCUCAUUUCCACCAUUGGUGGGCUGGUCGACUUUGGGAACGGUGGCAGGAUUUAUCUUUGGCUGGUGGAAAGGAUGGAUUUUAUACACCACUGCGACCGUUGUCGGAUCUACCGCCUCGUUCUAUGUUUCGCGCACCGUGCUCUCCGGAUUUGUCAAACGCCUGAUGGAACACGACAAGAGAUUUGCAGCGCUGUCGCUCACGCUGAAAUAUGAUGGGCUGAAGCUUCUCUGCAUGAUUCGCUUGUGCCCAUUGCCAUAUUCGAUUUGCAAUGGUGCAGUAUCUACAUUUCCGACGGUGCAGCCCUUGAUGUAUGGACUGGCCACCGCAAUCAUCUGCCCAAAGUUGUUAGUCCCAGCAUUCAUUGGGAGUCGUCUACGGUUGCUCUCCGAGAAGGGCGAGGAGAUGAGUGCAGGCUCCAAGGCUAUCAACAUAAUCAGUAUCAUCGUGACGGUCAGUGUUGGAAUUUUCACGGGCUAUUACAUUUACAACAGAACUUUGGCUCGUGCGAAAGAACUCGAGGCCAAGGAACGCGCCGAGAUUCGGCAAUCUCUCCAGGCCGAUCAUGCCGCUCAUCGGUCUCACCGCAGGUUCUCUGACGAUGAUGAUGUCAAUGCGGCUGCCACCAUGCUCGCUCGGGAUGAAGAGGAGCGCAUCGGCUUCGAUGAUUUGGAUGAUGACAACGUCGACUUGGAUCUGGACGAUGAUAGCGACAAUGAUCCAGCGGGUCGAUGGAAGAAGAAGGCGAAUCGACGGUCGUAUCAUGAUGAGUUUACAGAUAAUGACUCGGAUGACUUCCCGAACGAAGGGCAUGAGACCUUUGGGCUACACAGCCAUGUCCAGCGCGAGACGUAAAGGGCUGUAAAGAGAGUGUGGGAGCCCGAACUGUGAGAGCUUGUAGCCGUCGUGCUUUAUAGAGUGAUGAAUAGUAAUGUUACUAUGGCCGUCUCGCCUUCUGAACAA